AUUUUAAACCAGAACACAAUACAAAUAAUAACUGUAGUGAUAGUGAAUUAUGCAAUAGGAAUAGUUGCUGCUAUACAAAUAGUGGAAAUUCAAAGAUGGAAAAGCCAGGCAGUUGAUUGUACACCAGAAUUCAAGAUCUUUGACUUUAAGGUGGAAUUGUACGAAGCACCAUCAGUAAUAAUAUUUUUAAUAUGUGCGACAAUGAUGGGAUUCUUUACUUGGAAAUUAUAUCAGCAAUUUGGAUGGAAUAUUUACAAAAGAAUUGGUGCUGAUCGUAAUAUGCAAAUGGCUUGUGUAGUACUCUCACAGCCUGAAAAGCUUAAAUCAUCAUCACCAGUUUUGUUUUGGUUCCAUGUAAUAGUAACAGCUUUAAUAUUUAUCUUGCAAGCUCUCGCUUAUCGUAUGUUAAGAGAGGAAUCUAAUUUAGGAAUGAAAAUAUUUAUUGGUUUAUGGUUAAUACCGAUUGCCGACUUCAUAGCUCUUCUCGUAAAAUCAAUUGGCACAAGUGCACAAGAUAGACCAGACAUUAACAAUUUUAACCAUUCUAUUUCUAUCAUAUAUAGUUGUUUUUGGUAUUAUAAUGGCAUUGGUAUAGGUGACAUACAAUGUCCGCGGGAUACGGAACAAACUUCGGAAACGCAACCUCCGGGUCGUUGGGCAAUUGAUGAAGAUUGA